UUGUCAAAGUCGCUAUUGUUUUUUAGGUUAUGUGAUAUAUUAAUUAAUGAAAACAAAAUAACUUAAAGAAACGAUCACGUUAAUGAAAUACUAAGAAAUAAGUAUCAUGCACUGCCUUAGAUCAUUGGUAUCCCGAUUAGGACGACCAAUAAAGAAUAAAUCUCUGUUUUUAUGCCCUUACAAUAAAAAUACUCAAGAACCACCUCUGUUUUACAGUAUAGAUAUUAAAGUUGAUGAUGAUUCAGACACAGGAUUCAUUCAUGAAUUAUGCAAAGGAGAUCAGAAUUUGGAGAAAAAGUUAAAAGUGUUGAUGCUUGAAGUAGAAGUGAUGCGUCAAGAUGGCCGCUAUGCUCCAGACUCUAUACAAAAAGAUCAGUGGAAACGUUUACUGGAAAUGUCAAGUAGGAAUCAAAGAACAAAUUACCUAACAUUUCUUUGGAAGCUUGAAAAGAAGAAAGAAAACCUAAAAGCAAAAAAAGAAGCUAGAAGAAAAGAACUGGAGGAAUCACCGCCAGAAGAAAUUAGAGAGUAUCCAGAUGAUCUCUUAUAUGGCAUCAAGCAUCAAUCAAUGUUCCUGCGCAUCCGUGAUCAGAGUAUAAAUAUGUUUGAUAACUAUAGGGCACUUCAAGCUAUGAUUUAUGGACAAUCAGUUAUCAUUGACUGUUCAUAUGAAGAGCACAUGGUAUGGAGAGAAAUUGUCAAUGCUGCAAAACAGAUGACUUUUGUGUUUGGUGACAACAGAAUACAUAAAGACCCCUUUAAUAUGCACAUGUGUAAUGUUGAUCCAAAUGGAGAGUUUAUGAGACAGUUACGAAAGAAUAUACCAUCACUUGAAGAGCCAUGGUUCCCACUGAAUAUUCAUACAAAAGGCUAUUUAGAUCUAUUUCCUAAACAGAAACUUGUGUAUUUGACACCACAUUGUAGAGAAGAGCUAACUUAUUUUGAUCCAGAUGCUGUGUACAUUGUUGGAUGUAUGGUCGAUAAGAUUAACAGUGAACCUCUUUCAUUGGCAAAAGCAAAGAGAGAUGGCCUAGCAAUGGCUAAACUGCCUCUUGAUAGGUAUCUAGAAUGGGCACCCGGCUCAAAGAAAAACUUGAACAUCAAUCACAUGAUUCCCAUUCUUUUGGAUCUAAAAUUGACUGGAGACUGGGAGUUUUCACUGAGGCACAUUCCAAGAAGGAAACUAAUGGAAACUAAAAUAUUAGCCAUGCAAAAGAGAUUUUCAAAUAGCUCUCUUAACAGAGAUGACUUGUUUAAAAGUUUUAAAAGUGUACGUAGAAAUAGUUCGUUAACCAUAAAUGAGAAGAAAUUGAAGUCAAGAAAGUCAUUAUAUGACGAUGAUAACAUAAUAUAAGGAAAAAUUACACAAUAAAAUAUUUUAAAUCUUUA